AUCUUACAACAUAUUCAUAAUUAUAAAUUCCUGCCGAAAUAACACAAAUAAGUUCAUAUUACAAAAUAAAUAAAUUAUUUUAUACACUUAAAAAAUGAAUGAAUUAAUACAUGCCACAAAUACUUGUGCCUCGAGAGGCAGUAUAUGUAGUAGAACAGGUAGUAGUGCCGACAGUGCUGGGGGUGUUGGUAGCGGUGAAGAACCAGUUCCUAUUGAAAGAACAAGCAGUAUAGCAAUGAGUGCUUCAGCAAGUGGUCAAGAUAGUAGCGAUCAAAAAGAUUCGCCAAAAUUAAGGAAACGAUCCCGCCUAAAUGAUAUAACACGGCAUUUAAGUAAAUCAGCUUCCGAGUUAAAUGGACAUGAGUGUAAUGUAGAUUCACCCACAAGCUCACCACAACGUGCCAAAAGCGCAGCUGCCACAUCCACAGGGGUUAUAGCAAAAACUCAUGGAUUUUUCAGUACGUUACGAAAUAAAUGGUCAAGAGCACGCAGUCGAGAGCGUUUAGGUCGUAAAUCACCGAAUGAUUUUUUAGAAAGUACGGAUUAUGCAGCUGAUUAUAGUUCAGAAAAUAGCACACCAGCAAAUAGUCCACGUCAUAGAGCAACAACUUUAGGUGCAUCAUCAUUAGCUAGGGAAAAUAAAACGAUUAGUGAAGCUUCAAUUAACAACGAAUCAUUUGAACAAGAAUUUGGUAAUAUGACUGAUCCUACUAGUGGUAUUAGUCGAACAGCUUUAGAAUAUUUAGCAGGAGAAGAGAAAAAACGAAAACAUGAAUCACAGUUACGUCAAUAUGUAUUUUUUCAACUACGAAUUCAUUUAAAGCAUGGUUCAAAUUUAGUUGCUAUGGAUAAAAGUGGCACUAGUGACCCCUACGUAAAAUUUAAAAUUGGUGGUCGGGUAUUACAUAAAUCAAAAACAAUUAGUCGGGAUUUAAAUCCAAUAUGGGAUGAAGUAUUUUUUGUACCAAUUGAAGAUCCAUUUAUGCCAAUUGUUAUUAAAGUUUUUGAUUAUGAUUGGGGACUUCAAGACGAUUUUAUGGGUUCAGCAAAAAUAGAUUUAACAAUUUUAGAAUUAGGAAAAUGUGAAGAAUUAACAAUAAAAUUAGAAGAUGAUGACAGGCCACAGAUUGAUUUAGGUGAAAUACAUUUAACUGCAACUUUAUGGCCACGUAGUCAAGAAGACAAGGAAUUGCAUUACCAAAAACAUCAAAGACUUUCGGAAGUAUCAAAAAAGCUCAAAUCACAAAUAUGGAAUUCUGUAGUAACCAUUGUUUUAGUAAAAGCUAGAGAUCUGCCGACACAAGAUGAUGGAAGUAAACUAAACGAAGCUCACUUAAAAUUUAGGUUAGGUAAUGAAAAAUAUAAAAGUAAAACAACAUGGUCCGAAAGGUGGCUGGAGCAAUUUGACUUACAUUUAUUUGACGAAGAUCAAAUACUUGAGCUACAACUAUGGAAUAAAAAUAUUUGUUACGGUAGAGCUGUUCUUGAUUUAUCUAAUAGAGCAAGAGAAACUACACACAGCAUAUGGAUACCUUUCGAAGAUUGUUGUGGGGAAGUACUUUUAAUGUUAACUAUAAGUGGCACAACAGCAUCAGAAACUAUUAGCGACUUAACUUCAUAUAAGGAAAGUCCUGAAUUAAAACAGAACUUAAAAGAACGUUAUCAGAUACGAAGAUCAUUUACAAACCUUAGAGAUGUUGGACAUUUAACUGUUAAGGUUUAUGGUGCAAAUGGUUUAGCUGCAGCUGAUUUAGGGGGAAAGUCGGAUCCAUUUUGCGUUUUAGAAUUAACUAAUGCUCGAUUACAAACACAAACGGAAUAUAAAACUUUAACACCAAAUUGGAAUAAAAUUUUUACAUUCAAUGUUAAAGAUAUAACAUCGGUUUUGGAAGUUACAGUCUAUGAUGAAGAUCGAGAUCACAAAGUAGAAUUUUUGGGAAAAGUAGAAGUACCUCUAUUAAAAAUCAAAAAUGGUGCUAAAAGAUGGUAUGUUCUUAAAAAUAAAGAUAUGGUUGCAAGAGCUAAAGGCAAUAACCCUCAGAUUCUCUUAGAAAUGUAUGUGGUAUGGAAUCCAAUACGUGCUAUGGUACAAGUUAUACAGCCUAAAGAAGAAAAGUUAAUUAGUCAAGAUAAGAAAUUUAAACGUCAAAUAUUCCUACAAAAUUUUAAUCGUUUUAAGACAAUAGUAAUGAACGUUUUGGCUGCAUUUCGAUAUAUUCAAAGCUGUUUCGAAUGGGAAUCACCUAUUCGUUCAUUAAUAGCUUUAAUAAUGUACGUUCUUUUAUGUUUAUAUGGUACUUUGGAUACAAUUCCAGCAAUAUUGGUCUGUCUAAUACUUAAAAAUUGGUUUAUACGCUGGUUAACUGGAACAAACCGAGAUUGUUUUGACUAUGAUGAAGCAUUCAUAGUUGAUGAUGAUGAUGACGAUGAUAAGGAGAAGGGUGGUGAGAAGAGAUCAAUUAAAGAAAAAUUACACGCAAUACAAGAAGUAUCACAAAGUGUACAAAACACAAUCGGAUAUUUAGCUUCCGUUGGUGAACGAACGAAAAAUACAUUUUAUUUUGCCGUCCCAGAAUUAACCUGGUUAGCAUGUAUAUCCUUAGUAGCUGUAUCAAUAGUUUUACAUUUUAUACCAAUACGAAUUUUAUUACUAAUAUGGGGUCUGUAUAAAUUUGGUCGACGAAUAAUAAGGCCAAAUAUUGUUCCAAAUAAUGAGGUUUUGGACUUCCUUUCAAGAGUACCAGAUGAUAUUGAAAUCAUUCAUUACCGUGAACUUCCAUCAAACACAACUGACUCACAACGCUUAAAUAUGAAACGUAAACAAAAACCUUCCUAGUCCAUCGAUAGCGACAAGUCACUUUAUAACAUUUCGGUAUCACAUCAACAUAUACCAUACCCUCAAAUUGUAAAUAAAUCUAUAAAGAACGUUUCUAAUUAUUUUAAAACAAGCACUGAGAAUAUCAAACUCAAUAAAUUUAGAAUAAGAAGUUAUAGAAAGCAUAGCAAAGAUGAUCUCGGUUAAUAUUAAAAAAAUAACAAUGUACAGAGUGUUUGCAUAAGAUAGCAAAUAAUUUCAGCAUGAUUAAGAUAUACUUGUUUCCGAGCUACAGCCAGAAAAAAAAUCCAGCUUUGUCCUGCAUGUAAAUAAAAGCUUACAACUUCGGAACAAUACGUUACAGAGUAACUAUGGAAGUCUUGUUUUGAUAACUCAGAUAAGAUUACAGAUAAGAUUGCUCUUUUCUUUCGAUCUUCAAAUCAAUUAUAUUUGAGCCAUAAAUUUCAAGAUAAAGUUCUUCAAAGUUAGAAUUUUUGUUUUCUUUUCUAAACUCGAAAUUUGUCAAAAAUUUGUAACAUUUUUGUUUUUGUUCUUCGAUGUGCUACAAUAAAAGCUAAAAGUUAAUCAAUAUAACAUUUUCCUCUAUCCCUCAUAAUUUUGUCAGUAAAACGUGUUAAAUCCGUUUUAAAACCAUACGAAAAAUGCUUAGAGAAAAAUACUAUAUGGGUUACCUUUUAGCUCUCAUUGUAGCGCAUUGAAAAAAAAGAAAAUAACACAAAUUUUUGGGCAAUAUUGAGUUUUUAAAAAAAAAAAAAUCUGGUACUUUUUUCAACGUACUGUAGCUCUAAAACGAGUAUAUCUGCAUCCACCCUCCUCUUUUAUUUUUUUGCGGGAAAUUAAUCGAAGGAAUAUCCCUGAAAUAAUUUGCCACCUUAUGCUAAACCCUCUGUAAAAAUCCUUGAAAUAAAUAGAAUAAUAUAGAAUUAUUAAGCCCUAAUAUCCAAAUGUACGAAGUUAAAAAAUUAUUAAGUAUAUAAAUAUAUUAUAUUUAUUCACUUGUAAAAUACAAUAGCCAUAUUUAAAAAAUUUGAUUUAAAGUUAAUAUACCGAAAAAUUAUUAAUAUUUUUGUAUAUUGUUGUUAAAAUACUUUAUCUUAAACGCUCAUAAAAUUUCAUUACUUAAACUAAAGAAUUAUUGGCGGCCAGUAUUUACUUCAGUUCUUGUAUUAGCAAAUUUACAUAAAUUAAAGUUACAAAAUGAAUAAAAAAUUUCAAAAAACGUCACAGUUAUAAAAACAUUUAAAAAAACGUAUUUUCAGUUAAAAUUGCAAGACAGAAACUUUCAAGGAAAAUUUUAUUGCUAUUUUAUUGAAAUAUAAAAGUAUUUAUAUUUUAUAUCAAAACUUUAAAUAUAAAAAUUUUCAAGUUAAAUAUAAAAUAAUUUUAAAAGCUAUUAAAAACCGGUGGCACAUAUUAUUUUAGACAUUGUAUAUUUAUAUGCAAAAAAUUAUUCUUAAUCUAUUUGUAUACAAUUAACUUUUUCAAAAUAAUAUCAAAAAUAGCAUACUUAAAACUCUAAAAUUGUAACAAGUAAAAAAAAUUAGAUCGAAUUAAAACGAA